AUGUCGCUCUUUGGUGCCAUAGGCGAUCGCUCGCCCGUGCUUCAGCAUCGACCCUUCUUCCAUGAUUACAUCACCUCAGCGGGCAUCUCACCCGUCACAUCGCCAACAGUCCCAUCAAUGCCCCAUCGCGCGACCAACGGUCCGGUGACCCAUGCAGAUCUCCCUACACCACUUCCGGCUGCACCUCAAGAUCUAGCGGAGCAUUAUCAUUCAGCGCACAAGCGAACAUUCUCACUUCCUACCGAGCCAGCUCGCAUACAAGCUCACGAGACUGAUCCCAUGGUGACUGCACCCAUACUGAGCCAACCUGUCCCCGGCAGAACGUUGAUAGGCACCUCACCACCCGGUCUGACGAGACAUCCCUCUAUGACUUGGCCGGCAAGACUUAUGACCCCGCCAGAUUCGCCCAUUAGCAAGAAAGCCGCUCUAGCGCCACUCGUCGGUCUGCAGUAUGACGAUCCCUGGACGGCCGUAGAAGUGCUGCUCGAGGAGAACAUGAAGCUGCAUCUACGGCUCGAUAGUGCUAGAAAGGCAGUCAAGGAGUGCGAGGAUCAGGUCGAGACGCGAGACAAAAGGCUCGAGAUCGUCGAACGAGCUUACAUGCAGCUCGAAGAUGAAUUCGUCAGGCUCAAAGAGGGCCAUGCGCUCUACUACAUCUUGAUCGAUCUCGAAACGCAUCCAUUCUCGCCAGCACUCAUGAGCGCACCGGGAGAAGCGGUUGAGAAACUUCUGCACGAUUUGGAGGCUUCCUCGGCCAUCACGCGAGGAGCAAGGGCCGUCUUCAUCUUCCUCGCCAAUCUCUAUGACCCUGCCCCGCUCGUACUGCCCUUCAUCGAAGCACUGCGCGUGACCCAUAUCAAUCAUACUUUGCUCAUCGAUCGUCCACUCGAACACGAUGCUCUUCAGGGUCUUUACAAGAACUGGAUAGAGACCUGGGCUUCGACGCCAUCUGUGCAAGGUGUUAUACUGGCAGUUGGUCUCGCGGAUGAGACGACACAGCAUCUCGCCGAUCAUAUGGACAAGAUAUUCAGUCUCUCCGACAACUUCGCGGCAGACGAUCGCAUGGCGAGAAUCGAGCUCGACGGCGUCUUUGCAAUCAGUAGCCCGAUCGAGCCAUCAGAGCAUGAAGUAUCAGACGCCGCAUCUGUCAUCGAAGAAGCUGCCGACGAACCAGACCAAGUCACACAGACCGUCAGAGUGAUAGUAAAGGGCGUUGUGCCCGGAAUGGAUAGCUUCUGCACACCACGCAGCAGAUCAAAAGGUCGAAGUAAUUCGAAAGCAGAUCGAGCACGUCAGAGCAAGAGUCUCUGCAAAAGUCCCAUCGGUAGCUGGACCACCAUCAAGACAAAGUCACUGCAAUAUGAAGAGAACGACGUGCCAAAGAUCGACUCGACAAAGCAACUCACAAAGCAGACCGUGCCGCCCUGCAACAACUUUUACCUCACAAAGGAGGGAUGUUAUAACAAGCGCUGCACCUACGAGCAUCGCUAUCGCUUGACCGACAAGCAGCUCCAUCAGAUGCGCACGGGAGCUAAGAAUGCUGUCUGUGCCAACAUGCGACAGACCAAGAGCUGCUCUGCAGGCGAUGACUGCAUCUUCGGCCACAAAUGUCCGCGUGGCAAAAAGUGCGACAACCUCGCUUCAUGUCCGUUCUCGCUAGCCGGAAUGCACUAG